AUGGCAGACAUUGCAUUGAUCGAUGGCGACGAGUCUACAGAGGGGAUCUUUAUUGAACUGCGGCGCUCGGUGGGGAAUACCGCAAUACGCCCACAGGGGGAAUGCCCCGGAACCACCAGCAGUGUACAGAGUACGGCCCAGCGGCGCACCAUCGCAGCCCCCCGCGGCCUCAUUGCCCUGCCAGGCGCCAAUGGCUCGUCUAGCAUGGCCAAUUUGGGGAUCAUGAGGGUCAUCGGAGGAUUUCAGUGGGCACUGGAGAUCGGCCCAGUGCGCAGUGUCAAUAGCGUCCAGGUCUAA